GGGUUCCUGGGAAAUCAGCGAGAGCCAUUCAGAGGAACUCCCUCACAGUGUGCACCAUUUCACUGCCACAUCCACCAGUGGCCCCUCGGCGACCAGCAGGCAGAGAAAGACCCCUCCUCUCCAAAGAUGGCUCCGAUCUGCAUCAAAACUGUGCUGAUCAGUGAAAGCGUUGACCCCCGCUGCAGGGCGAUCUUGGAGGAAAAUGGGAUCCGUGUCACUGAAAAGCAGAAUAUGAAAAAGGAGGAUUUAGUCGCAGAGAUCAAGGACUACGAUGGCCUUGUUGUUAGAUCUGCGACCAAGGUGACUGCGGACGUUAUAAAUGCUGCUGAUAAUCUCAAAAUUAUUGGGAGAGCUGGGACCGGUGUGGACAAUGUGGAUGUUGAUGCUGCCACCAAAAAGGGCAUCAUUGUCAUGAACACACCAAGUGGCAACACGAUCAGUGCCGCUGAGCUGACCUGUGCCCUGCUGAUGAGCCUCUCAAGACAUGUGCCUCAAGCUGCGAUGUCGAUGAAACAAGGCAACUGGGAUCGCAAAAAGUUCAUGGGAGCAGAGCUGUAUGGCAAAGUGCUCGGGAUUGUCGGGCUGGGACGAAUAGGAAAGGAGGUUUCCACAAGAAUGCAAGCAUUUGGCAUGAGAACGAUCGGCUAUGAUCCGAUCACUCCGCCUGAGGUGUCAGCAAGUUGGGGAGUGGAGCAAAUGUCUCUGGAGCAGCUCUGGCCACAGUGUGACUACAUCACUGUCCAUACUCCUCUGAUGCCCUCCACAGUUGGUCUGCUCAAUGAUGAGACAUUUGCAAAGUGCAAGAAAGGAGUGAAGGUUGUGAACUGUGCAAGAGGAGGCAUCAUCGAUGAAGAAGCUCUUCUAAGAGCUUUGGAGUCUGGACAGUGUGGAGGAGCUGGACUUGAUGUUUUUAUUGAGGAGCCACCUAAGAACCGUUCUCUGGUGAACCAUCCGAAUGUCAUCAGCUGUCCUCACCUUGGAGCCAGCACCAAGGAGGCUCAGGCCCGCUGUGGCGAGGAUAUCGCCCUGCAGAUUGUGGACAUGGUGAACGGCAGGAACCUGGUCGGAACAGUAAAUGCUCAGGUUUUAGCCGGCACGUUCUCCCAGGAGUCUCAGCAGCUGAUCCGACUUGGAGAAGCUGUGGGAGCGGUGCUUCACUCCUGCAAUGCCUCCAGGAAACCGUUCAGUCAUAUUCACAUCAUCACUCAAGGGUCAGGGGACUCCAUGAAAGCCUGUGGGGGGUAUUUGACCUCAGCUGUACUUGUGGGACUUUUGAAUCAUGGAUCUGGACGUAGUGCUAAUCUCAUCAACGUCCAGAGCCUCGCCAAGGAGAGUGGAAUAGUGGUGAAUCAGAGCCACUGUGCAUCUGAGGAGGCAGGAUUGUGUAAGGUGGAGGUGGUGGCAGACGGCCACAGCUACCGAGGGAGCGGAUCGGUUCAAGGAGGCGUUCCUGUCCUGCUGGAGCUGAGCGGCAGCGUCUUCAGGCAGCCCGUCUCUCUGACCGGAAAUCUGCUGUUUCUCCAAGCUUCUGCGGAUCCUCCACUGCUGCCCUCUGUGGCUGGAGUGUUGGCCUCGGAGGGAGUGCAGAUUGAGUCUUUCAGCGCUCCUGUGGACCACACCGGGGAUGUGUGGUAUUGCUUCGGGGUGUCCUCCCUCCUGCAAGAUCUCGGCGUCUUGAAACCCUUGGUUAAGAAUGCAGCACAGCUCAGGAUUUAAACAAAAACCGUCCCAGAAUAACAUUUAGUCUGUGAAGAACCCUGGCCUCCUCAAGAGGGCUGAAUAUAAAUAAGCUUUCUUUGUUUGCCUUUACAGCUAACAGUUUGUUUAGUAGUUGCACGCAUUAACAUCUAAAAUUAUUUUUAGAGCAUUCCAGUGUUUGUGUCCAUUUAAUUUGUUGGCGUAAAACCUAAAUAAAAUGUCUCUCAUGAA